UGUUAUUAAUAGUCAUUACCUCUGAUUGGUAGAGUGGAGGCGGAUUGUCAGUUCGCGUUAAGUGAUGUAUGUGCAUUAUAAUUAAUAGGUUAGCGGCGACGACGGGGACACCUGCAGCUGCUGCAGGGCGAGAAACCAAUUAAAAUUGCCAACUAUGUUACUUAUAUUCAAAUGAGUCAGAAGCAAACCCCCAUCGACCGCACAGGAAUUGGGUCAACACCCAUUCCCCAUUCCCCGUUGCCCCAAGUUGAAGGUUACCAUAUAUAUACUAUAUAUAGGGAGUACAAUAGUGGCUAAAACGUCGUCCACUCUCAUCAAUCAUCUUCCGGCGAGUACAAUGGGAGUGACCCAAAAAAAAGCAAAUAGCCGCAGGACAAUCGACCCCACCUUGAGGACGAACACGUAUCAGCACAGCUGAUAUCCAAUGCGAAAAUCAAUAACAAAUGAUGUUAACUGCCAAUUUCUGCCACAUCGGCAACUCGAAGUGCCCAAGAAUGGGCCAGUGGGUUGGGAAAUGUAUCCAAAAUAGUCGCAUCAAAUAAAAGGACCUUCGGGCCGUGCUGUUGUCCUGCUAUUAGGUCUUCUCCUGUCUUGUCCUGUCCUGUCCGUGUCCUGUCUUCCGCCUUGCUGGUAAUACAAAGCGAAUACGCACUUUAAUCACACAAAGCCGUGGGCGUACGUUGGAAUGCGAGGGUUGCUACAGGAAAUAAAAUAUUAGAGAAUAUAAAUAAAAAAAAAAGAAAAUAACGUCACUAAACAUUUAGAAUCAUUUUUCUGCUCUUAUGGUCUUCUAAAAAUAUAUUUUAAGUCUCUUCAGCUUACCAAAAUGAAAAGAGAAAGGGCCAAAGACUCCGGAAACUUACAAGUAAAGGCAUUCUAGUAAAAUUAUAUACAAUUUUGGAGAUUUAAAACUUAAAGUAACAUUGUAAAAAAAAGUAUUAAAAGUAUACUUUUAACGUAGAUUUCGGUGUGUUGAAUACGGAUCUGUCAACAUUCCAUCUAUGUUUCUAUAUUGUUUAUAUUGGAAACUCUAAAUUUUUUAAUUUAAAGCUAAUUAAAGAUUUCUUACCGAUCCAUUUGCUCAAAUGCCAGACUUAAUAAAACAGUGAUAUUGACUGAUUGUCUUUAUUAAUACAAUUUUAAUUUCAUCACUAAAAAUGAAUUCCGAAACCCUCGCAUUAUUCCCAAGCUUUCCAUGAGCCCUUCUCUUGACUUUUGUGUUACGUUACGUUUGUUACGUUACACACUCGUCCUUUCGCCUACACCGCCCAUUUCAUAACCAUUGGGGGGAGGGGAGUGGGUGGGGCAGCGUAAUGGGGGACAUGUGAGCCGAUUUCGUGGGUGAGUUUUCAAAAGCCGCCGACAACACAAAAUCAUUGGCACAAAACAAAGCUGUCAAUUUGCCAGCAAUUUCCCGUGUGCCCUCGAUGGCGAUGACAACCAGGAAUGCCACACAAACUCAUCAUGGGAGCAACGACAAAGCGCUUGGGGCACAAGUACAGGAAAUUGCACGCAUAACUAUUAAGUGGCAUGCUUCCCGGCUAAAGUGAUGGUGGAUGGGCAGGGAAAAGCUGGCUUUCAGGGAAACGCAUUAUCAUUGGCUCCUUUAUGGGGCAAUAGUGGCAGCAUUGUUGCCCCAGUUCCUGUCAUCAAAUGACCCCUAAAAUCAACCAACACCCAAAGAACAUUCAAGAAAAUAUUCUAGAAACUUUAAAGUUAGGGGUUUGCAAAAAAGGUUGCGAAAAAAAUGUUUGUAAUUUUUUGACAUUUUAAAUAGUUAGGAAACAAAACCUCUAAUUUAUUAUAGCUGUACUCUUUUUUUUUAGGAUAGCUCCCAAGAUUUUCUUUGUAAAACAUACUUAUCAAAAUCAAGGACUUCAAUGUUCGUCUCAAAAUAAUUAAGAUGAAUAAGUUGAUGAACAAUAGCAAUUAGAAGCAUUUUCAGAGCAAUUUAAAUGCACUUAUUCGAGUUGAGCUGCAACCUGUUGCAGACUUAAAGCCUUUUUUCAAGAUUUAAGCUCGCGUGCUGGCCAACUGCAUAUCAUGAAAUGCUUAUAGAGAAAUCAUGCAAAUGUGCCAAUAACAGAUGCAAUUUAUUUCAGCCAACGCCGUGGCACGCAAUUCACCGCACGCCGGAGAAAUAAAAAUUGAAUUAAAUGAAAAUAAGAGAAGCUCGCACGAAUGGAAUGCAAUUGGUGAAAAGCCGGAGAAAGUGGUGUUGGGUUGUUGGUAUCGGAUUGGACCUGUUUUUAUGGCGGCCCACUACCCAAGCCGCUUUGAACCACUACUUCCCUUAAACCCACUAAAAUCGCAUAGUAAAAGAAGGGGUCGUGGCAAAGUCAUUAAACAAAAGGCAAACGCCAAGGACUCAGAAGGAAGUUACUUUCAGCCACAGAUACUUUUGCCGGUUGCUACGAAUUCUGGUUAAAUGAAUUCGUGACGUUGUCGUGUUUAUCAGGCUCCCGUAAUUCCCUCUACUUCUGCUGACUAUUACCACUACUUUGUUGCUAUUGUUUUGUAGAUGCCUUUUAGCAUUUUCUGUAAUUGUUUUGUGGGAAAUAGUAAAAAUAUAUAUAUGGGAGAGUAUGUGCACGAGUGGACUAGCUCCAGCUUGGGAAUACGCGGCGAUGAAAAAUGGAAAGGGAAUUGUUUGGGAUAAGAUAUAAUACAAAAUUAGUUUUAAAGUUGUUUGCAAAUAUUUUAAACGCAUUUCCUAACUAAUUUAUAAUCUUUUGAAACUUAUAAAAUAGUUUAAAGGUUGAAUUACUAUUCGGUUCGUUUAAGAACACAACAUGAUCGAUUUUUUCGAAGAUCCAACAGAGCUUUAAAACUGCAAAAUCUAUAACAACCGGAAUGGAUCUCUUCAGAGAAAAACAUAGUAAAAUAAGAGUUUUUAAUUCGUUUUAAAAUAUUUUAUAUGGCCUUUAAACUAAGCUUUAAGACAUUAUAAUAUUUAGAGCAAUAUAAAAUAGGUUCAAAUAGGCCAUACGGAUUAUCGAUUAAAGGUUUAGUUAUUCUUCGGUUCGUUGAAAAAAACAACUUGAUCGAAUGUCCAACAAAGCUUUAAAACAGCAAAAUCUAUAAAAACCGCAAUGGAUCUCUUCGGAGGACUGUCUUUUAUAAAAAUAAUCUUUAAAUAAUUUUUAAAGAUAAUUAAAAUAAAACUACUUCCUAUGCUUUUACGAAUAGUAAAUAAACGAGACUUCUUCCAAAAGUACAGAAAUUAUAUUAAGCAAUUUACUGUUCCCAUUUCUUGGAGCCAAAGCAAAUAAAAGACGACCAAUUCUCUCAGUGGCUUUUGGCCUUUUGGUACAUAAUAGUUCUCUGUUUUGGGCUUGGCAUGACUCGGCGAUGUCCUACUGCUGACAUAAUUGAUAUGGGCCACCUAGCAGCACGGUUUUGCUCCAAGUUUUCCAUUUGCUCCCGGCCAUACAUUUUUCGUCCUGCAGUUGGCGUGUGUUCAGCCCUGUACACGCAAUCCUGCUGGGCCAGGACUCUCCGCAUUCCAUGGGCACGCAAGUGGGGAAUGGCUUCUUUUGGCCAAAUUUUGCCAACCGUUAGCGGGUUUUUCACUGGCGCUCUUCGCAGCGCCGGAGCCAUUCAGUUUAAACUUAACUCGCGGCGGACCAAGUACACAAAAGUCGGGUAACGAGCGGCGACAAAAAAAGAAUUCCGUUCCGUAGAGCACAGAAAACGGGUGAUCAAAAAAAAAAAAGUAAAAUAAAAAAAAAGUGCUGCACAAAUAUUGGCUGUUGUCCCGUCAUUAAAAGCGCAUUUUGUUUUGCCAGCUAAUUACGAAAGUGAAGUGUGGAGAAGGGGCGACGGGGAGAAGAGGACCAAAUUCAAGGCCCAGAGUGAUGUAUUAAUUUCAAGUGCCAAAAAGCGGGCACGACAUUGCCACAAAGUCAACUUCCACUUGGACUCCAUGUCCCAACCGGGUUUCCGUGCGGAGGGUGUUGUAUGUGAACUGCCUGUAGUGCCUGCACUCCUGUCGGUGCCCAGCGUAAAAGUAAAAGUACCUGAACCUGAAGAGCCAUCGGCGAGCCGCUCCAGUCGGCUGACCAUCAUUACCAUCGUGGUUCGCGCCAUGAGUCGUCUGAGGCGUGAAAGCAGCCGACAAAGCGUCAUCACCGUCGAGCUGAUACAGUUCAUAAUUCAGUAUCGCGCCAAGGAGACGCAGGAGAAGAAGAAAAGGCGCCUGGCGGACGAGGACGAUGAGCUUUCGGAGGUGCAGCCGGAUGCAGUGCCGCCGGAGGUGCGCGAGUGGCUGGCCUCCACCUUCACCCGCCAGAUGGCCACCAGCCGGCGCAAAAGCGACGAGAAGCCCAAGUUCCGUUCGGUGGCCCACGCCAUCCGGGCCGGCAUCUUUGUGGACCGCAUGUACCGCCGCGUCUCCAGCUCGGCCCUCACCGCCUUCCCACCGGACGUGGUCAGGCUGCUCAAGAACCUGGACGACUGGACAUUCGACGUGUUCGCGCUGACGGAGGCGGCCAGCGGUCAGGUGGUGAAGUAUGUGGCCUACGAGCUGUUCAACCGCUACGGCUCGAUCCACAAGUUCAAGAUAGCGCCGGGGACGCUGGAGGCGUUCCUGCACCGCGUGGAGGAGGGCUACUGCCGCUACCGGAACCCGUAUCACAACAACCUGCACGCCGUGGACGUGAUGCAGACUAUCCACUACUGCCUGUGCAACACGGGUCUGAUGAACUGGCUGACCGAUCUGGAGAUCUUCGCCUCGCUGCUGGCGGCCCUGCUGCACGACUACGAGCACACGGGCACCACCAACAACUUCCACGUGAUGUCCGGAUCGGAGACGGCGCUACUCUACAACGAUCGGGCCGUGCUGGAGAACCACCAUGCCAGCGCCAGUUUCCGGCUGCUGCGCGAGGACGACUGCAACAUCCUGUCCCAUUUGUCGCGCGAGGAGUUCCGCGAACUGCGUGGCCUCGUCAUCGAAAUGGUCCUGGGCACCGACAUGACCAAUCACUUCCAGCAGAUGAAGGCCAUGCGCCAGCUGCUGACGCUCCAGGAGGCGACCAUUGACAAGCAGAAGGUCCUCUCGCUGGUCCUCCACUGCUGCGACAUCUCGCAUCCCGCCAAGCAGUGGGGUGUCCACCAUCGCUGGACCAUGCUCCUGCUGGAGGAGUUCUUCCGCCAGGGUGACCUCGAGAAGGAACUGGGCCUGCCCUUCAGUCCGCUGUGCGACCGCAACAAUACGCUGGUCGCCGAGUCGCAGAUCUGCUUCAUCGACUUCAUCGUGGAGCCCAGCAUGGGCGUCAUGUCCGACAUGCUGGAGCUGAUCCUGGCCCCCAUUGCGCCGAUGAACAAGGGCAAGCCCUCCACUUUGGUGGAGCACGAGGCCACCGCCUCGUCCCCUGGCAUCCAUCCGCCCACGGGCAUCACGCCCAGCAUGGGCAAGCCGGGCGAGGCCCCCGCCACCUCCACCGCUCCCGCUCCCCCAACCGCCACCGCCACCACCACCGCUCCGAAGCCCACCGCCGAGUUCCUCGCCCGCAAGAGCGGAUCCACCGGCUCCAAGUUCAACAUACCCAAGCCAUGGCUGGUGUGUCUGGUCGAGAACAAGAAGAUCUGGAAGGAGCAGGCCGUCAAAGAUGCUGAGGCACGAGCUUUGGCCACAGCGGCGGAGGAAGCUGCAGCCGCAGCAGCAGCGGCGGCGGCUGAGGAGGAGGAAAACAAGUCGGCUGCGGCGGAAACGGAAACGGCCGAUGGCGAACAAACUGAGGCAACUGCGGAGCCGGCAGAUGGCGCUGCCGACUAAAUUGGGAUCGGCGCCACCUGCCGGGCAGCGGCAGCAACCUGAAACGGAAACGGAAGAGCAGAAUUAGAAUACAAAAUACAGAAGGAAAUUUCGGAACGAAUUCGGAUUGUUACACUGAAAGAAACUGGGGGGACGGUACCAAGAAUAAUGUUUACUAAGCUUAGAAGCAGCCUAGAAUAUUAAUUACAAACCGCUUCUGAUGCGCUCUCUAUGUGAAUUGUGGUAGAGUUAGACUAACGUACAUCAUUUAUAUAGGCUUAGUUGCGGAACAUUAAAAACGAUAUAUAUAUAUAUAAAUAUAUGUAUAAAUACUGUAUACUUUGUUGUUUGCAAGCGGAAAACAAAGAAAAGAAAAGAAAACAUAAGGAAAUAUUAGGGACAAGCACAAAAACAAACAGACAAAAAACGAGUAGAUGUAAAUAGCGAAGAGUUCAACUGAAAUUUAUUGUGAAUUUGUUGGUUCGUUGAGAGCAUUUAUACCUAGACUUGAGUUGUACUUGUCUUUUAUUAGUUUUAGUCAAAUGUGGAAUUUAUUAUAUGAUUUCUAUAAGUUCGAUGUAUGCAAUUUCGUUCUAAUUAAAUACAUAUAUUUUUUGUAA